GUAUACAGGGCGACCCUGAAGCAGUUGAGUGGCCUGUACCAAAAGAAACUAACUGGCGCUUGCAGCCAGACCCACCCAGGGUUUCCUAGUUCGUCUGUCUGUCCGUCUCCUUCCAGCUUGCUGAUAAGUGGGCGUGUCCCAUCGCGUCCAGUGUGCAAGUCUUCUUCCCACACACCUAGGCGGCCUUUUUCUCUCGGUGACCCGGCAUUACUGGAGGCCAGUGUGACGGCAGAGAUAGACUGUGGAGAUGUGGGGGUCCUGCCGGGGUUUGUGACAGAAGAUGAGAGCGAGAGUCUGCUGGUGGAGAUCAGGAGGACCCUCAGAGGGAAACGCUAUCUCUACAACCACUGGGACGGGGCCAUAGAGGGCUACAGAGAGACGGAGAAGCCAGUGUGGGGAGAGGCCAAUCCGCCGGUGAUACACAGACUGAAGCAGGUGGCCGAGGAUGCAGGGGGAGAGGACGUCAGGGCCCUAGAUGAAGUCCACGUCCUGGACUUAGCAAACGAUGGGUUUAUAAGGCCCCACAUCGAUAGCAUAAAGUUCUGUGGAGAUGUGAUAGCUGGACUGAGUCUAGUGUCAGAGUGUGUGAUGGUGUUCCAACAUGAGGACGACAGUACCAAGUGGAUCAGGGCCCUCCUUCCCCCUCUCUCCAUCUAUAUCAUGAGGGGGCGUGUCAGACACAACUACACUCACGCCGUACCUCUGACUGGGGAAGAGUCCGGGUUCAAAGGUCAGACGGUCUCGAGAGAACAGAGAGUGUCAGUCAUCAGUAGAACCCGUCCACCGCAGCACCAUAACCAUACCUCUCACUAGUUCCUUGUGCACAGUACAUACUGUGAAGAACUUGGAGAAAUCUUUUGUAAUCUAUUUGCAAUCCUUUUCUGUUCAAAUUUCGCAGAGAAGACUUUCGCAGUGAGCCUAUAAAUUUGCUUUAAGUUUCCUGCUUUCCAGUGUAAAGUUCAGUGAAAACUAUCGUUGUUUGGUAAUGCGCAUUCAUACAUACGUUACUUAGUGAAGUUUGUAUAUACGGUAUUAUACAAUAGCCGUAUUUGCAUUCAUAUAUUAUGCA